GAGGGGGCCGACUCCUCGCACUCCACCAGCCACGAACGCCCACGAGAAACGAGGGAACAACACGCGUAACUCGCGGAGCCGGAGAGUGACCUUCUUCGGCGCGGCCUGGGGGCGAGGCUCGGAAGGCCCCGCCCUACGCCGCCAUUGGCUAAGUCCCCGUGUCCUUUCAAAACCUCGAUUUUCAUUGGCUUAUGCGGCCCCGCCCGCGCUGCCAGAGACAUAAGGGGGCCUCCGCCCGCGCGCGAGCUGCGCGUGCGCAGGGCCGGUGAGCGCGCUGUGGAAAGCCGCAGAACGCUGUGAUCCUCCGCGACUCUACUACGGCAAGCUAGUCCGGACGGGUCGCUGUCCCCAAGCUCCACCAGCCCUUGGUGAACCGACAGGGAGCGUCCGGCUUUCCCAGCACCACUUUGCCAGACUCAAAACAGCCACACCGCAAAGUGAGCCUCGGGCGGAAGGAGGCGGAGCCACGGGCGGCCCCGCCUCCGCGGAGGGAUACGUGUCUCCGCGGUCCAAAACCCCGGGGCGAGGCGGCCGGGGCGUGUGAGCCGCUCGGCCAGCUGCCGUCUACGGGCUUCCGCGCGGCCACCGGGCAACUGCGCCGCGCGGCUGCCCCACUGAGCGCUCGGCCUCGGGGCCGUGGGAUCCGCCGCGCUGUCUGCGGUCAGGAAGACCGCCCUCCCGCGUCCGUGCCGGACGGGUCAGAGGCGGCGCCGCACGCGAGGCCACCCGCGAUGCUGCUGUCCAAGUUCGGCUCCCUGGCGCACCUCUGCGGGCCUGGCGGCGUGGACCACCUCCCAGUGAAGAUCCUACAGCCAGCCAAGGCGGACAAGGAGAGCUUCGAGAAGGUGUACCAGGUGGGCGCCGUGCUAGGCAGCGGCGGCUUCGGCACGGUCUACGCGGGCAGCCGCAUCGCCGACGGACUCCCGGUGGCUGUGAAGCACGUGGUGAAGGAGCGGGUGACCGAGUGGGGCAGUCUCGGCGGAAUGGCCGUGCCCCUGGAGGUGGUGCUGCUGCGCAAGGUGGGCGCGGCGGGCGGCGCGCGCGGCGUCAUCCGCCUGCUGGACUGGUUCGAGCGGCCCGACGGCUUCCUGCUGGUGCUGGAGCGACCCGAGCCGGCACAGGACCUCUUCGACUUCAUCACUGAACGCGGCGCCCUGGACGAGCCUCUGGCUCGUCGCUUCUUCGCGCAGGUGCUCGCCGCUGUGCGGCACUGCCACAAUUGUGGGGUCGUGCACCGCGACAUCAAGGACGAGAACCUGCUGGUGGACUUGCGCUCGGGCGAGCUGAAGCUCAUCGACUUCGGCUCGGGUGCGGUGCUCAAGGACACGGUCUACACUGACUUUGAUGGCACCCGUGUGUACAGCCCCCCAGAGUGGAUCCGGUAUCACCGAUAUCACGGGCGGUCUGCCACUGUGUGGUCUCUGGGUGUACUGCUCUACGACAUGGUGUGUGGGGACAUUCCCUUUGAGCAGGACGAGGAGAUCUUGCGCGGCAGGCUCUUUUUCCGGAGGAGAGUCUCCCCAGAGUGCCAGCAGCUUAUUGAGUGGUGUCUCUCCCUGCGGCCCUCAGAGAGGCCCUCGCUGGACCAAAUUGCUGCCCAUCCCUGGAUGCUGGGGACAGAGGGGAGCGUUCCAGAGAACUGUGACCUUCGGCUCUGUGCCCUGGAUACUGAUGACGGAGCCAGUACCACUUCCAGCAGUGAGAGCUUGUGAGGAGGAGGAGGGGCCUGGACUCCACACUGGGGGCCUAGGCUCAGCCUAGCCAGCCCUCUCCCAGAAUGAACAUUUUCUGCCUGGGAUGUCUCCUGCAAAAGCAGUGACCUCUGACCCCUGGUGACCUUUGCUCUCGGCACCGGGCCUGUUUCCUUUGCUUUGAGUGCCUUUUUGAACGCUGCUCCACAGGGCCUGGGUUUUCUUGAGCUCUUCUGUCCAAAGAUGGCUGCGGGCUAAGCAAGGUCCCGCCUGCCCUGGGUGGAUACUUGAACCAGAGACCCCUACCCUGCUGCUCCAUCUUGGAGGCAGCCUUCCUGACCAAGUGUGUUAGACAUGGAGCGCCCUGUGGUGCCCACCUCCAACCCUCCAGUCUCCUGGUCUUCGUCUGGGCAUGUCUGCACAAGCAAUGCAACGCUGGGCCACUGCUGCCCGCCUGCCUCCCUGGCACCGCACACAAUGAGCGUGCUACGGUCUCUUAUUUAUGGUGUGAUCACCCUGGAGGGCGCCCCUGCCCUGCUGGGGCUAUUUAUUGUUUAAUUUAUUUGCUGAGGUUACUUCCUCCAAGCAACCACCUUCUCCAGGCCCUGGGGUGUUCAGGAAAGGCAAGGGUGGCCGUUCAGUCCACAGACGGUAUCCUGAUUCCUGCCCCUGGAGUAGGUCCCUAACCCCGUGUUUGUGGGAGGAAGAAUUUGUACAGUGGCUAAUUUAAGGGGAGUGGGAGACCCUGUCACCCUGGGCACUCUGCGCUGGGGAGGGGGUUUAAAUUAUUGACCUUGUACAGUCUGCUUGCUGGCUCUGAAAGCUGGGGUGGGGGACAGAGUCUCAAGCCCUUAAUUUAUUUUAGCAACUGUGUUUCUGUGACCCUGGUGUGAGUAGGCAUCAGGGGUGGGGUUGUAUAAGUUCAAAAGUGUGAAAUGUCUGGAGAUCAUAUUUUUUAUACAGGUAUUUCAAUUAAAUGUUUUGGUAUAUAAUG